ACGUAACAAAAUUAGUUUCAUGCCAGACUCCACUGUAUGUACUCGCGUUAUUCAAUUACGAGUCUCUUGCGGCACCACAAUUGUCGCAAAGUUCAGGUUCGUGGUUAUCACCAGAUGAUUAUGCAAGGUUUUCACUGUGGUUUCAGCAGCGGCGUUGUCUCAACGUGAUUGAAAAGGGGUACCAAUUCUAUUGGCGCACCGUGCUGGUCAUAGCCGUUCCAGAUUUGUGCGAUUUGUCUGCUGACAAAACCGAAACUGGAUUGUAAAUCGAAUUUAAUAACGAAUGGACAAUUGAUAACAAUUAAUGGGCCAAUGAACCGUUUGGACGUCAUGGCACAUGGCUGUGGAAGCCAAAAUGGGUGGAGUGCAUAAUUAUCCAGCACUAGGAACUCGUUUUUUGAAAUAUGGACACAAAUACAAGCUACAGUCAAGUCAACGAGAAUUUCAAUGCACAAUGUUUGUGUGCAAUUAAACCAGUUGCAAAAGUUGACCCGAUUGGCCUGCUGCUGGUGGUAGACGGAGACGGAUUAGAAAGACAUGGGCCAGUAAGUGGCGGCGCAUGCGCAGUCUCUGUUUGGAGUUGGAGUGAAGCACACAUCUCGCGAAAGUGAAAGGAUUACAGCAUGGUACAGCAUUUGAUAACUUUCAGCUUCUGCGUCUGCUUCUGCCUCAGGUUCCUGCUGGCUUCAUCCGCACAGCAUGUGCAGGCCCAGGCCUUGGACAGUGUGUAUCAGGCAUACAACCUGGAGUUGGCUUUUCCCUCGGACCUCGAGCGGGAUAGAGUGCUGCGUGAAGGUCUCUACGAUCCCGCCAAUGUGAUUCCCAUCGAUGUUGACGUGUACUAUAAGCAUGGCGAUCCAACGCCCUCAAUCUUUUUGACCAUUCCGCGCUUUGCCAAGGGUGUGCCCUAUUCCCUGGCCUAUGUGACCAACGAGAUGAAACCAAAUGGGACCCUUCUCCAAGCCUACCCCAGUUACGAGUGGCACAAGACUCACGGCGCCGACUGUAACGGCCUGACCUCUGUCUACAGGACUCAGAUAGACGACUGCGGACGGCUGUGGAUCCUGGACAGCGGCGAGAUCGACUUUGUUCAGCUGUGUGCCCCGCAAUUGUAUGCCAUUGAUCUGGAGAAUGGCCAAGUGGUGCAUCAGUACCGCAUGCCGAAACGCCUCUACAAGGAGGGCGUCAGCCGCUUUGUAUCGCCCACCAUUGAGCUCGAUUCACACAAUUGCGAUGUGGGAUUUGUGUACAUGGCGGACUCUAUCGGAGACGGAAUUGUGGUGUACGAUGUGGCCGCCCAGCAGUCGUGGCGCAUCGAGAACAAGUAUACCUAUCCGCAUCCCGAUUUCGGAACUUUCACCAUCUCGGGAGAUAGCUUCCAGCUAUGGGACGGCACUGUGUCGACCACUCUAACGCCGCAUGCCUUGGGCGUGAAGAGAAUGAUGUACUUCCACUCCCUCUCCAGCGACUGGCAGAUGGCCAUCCCCCUGGAUGUGGUCAACAACGCCAGCAACUGGAAGCUGAACGACGUGAGCGCCGCUCUGGAUCAGUUUGUGGUCCUGGGGAAGCGGGGCAGUCAGUGUGUGGCUGCUGCCAUGAGCGAGACGGGAAUGCUGCUCUGUGGCCUGGUAAAGCCAGCCAGCAUUCUGGCCUGGAACACCCAAACACCCUACACGCAUCAGAAUCUGGUCAUGCUCAUCGAGGAUGAGGAGCGACUCCAGUUCACGAGCGGUCUAAAAAUCGUGCGGAAUCACGAGGGCAAAGAGGAGCUAUGGGCACUAUCGAACCGAUUGCAAAAAGCAUUUGGGGCCGGACUCAACUUCAAAGAGAUCAACUUUCGCAUACAGAAAUGCGGGGUUCAAGAGCUGCUAAGCGGCGGGCCGUGCUAUUAAUUGGGAUUGUCGUUAGUCUGGCUACCAAAUAAAACUGAUACGAAUUUG